AUGGCAUCAUCAUUCGCAUCCAUCCUGAAGGACGCCAGUCUCUUCGUCGAACGCUCAUACGUCAACGGCCAAUGGGUGUCCUCCAACUCCAACGCCACAUUCAAUGUCACGAACCCCGCAAACGAAGCACAGGUUGGUGUUGCCCCUGAGUCCACACUCGACGAUCUGAACGUGGCCAUCGAAGCCGCAGCCGACGCAUUCCCAACCUGGAGAUCGGUGCCGGGCCGUCAGCGUGGCCGGAUCCUGCGUCGCAUUGCCGAUCUGCUGGUUGAGAACAAGGAAGACAUUGGUAAGAUCAUCACAGCCGAGAAUGGAAAGGCCAAGGGCGAUGCCGAGGGUGAGGUCAUGUUUGCUGCCAGCUUCUUCGAGUGGUUCGGCGAGGAGGCGUCCAGAAUCUACGGUGAUAUUAUCCCACACAGCAGCGCCGCUGGCCGGACGCGAGUUAUCAAGGAGCCUGUUGGUGUGUGUGGUUUGAUUGUUCCGUGGAACUUUCCCUUGGCUAUGGGUGCACGUAAGGUCGCUGCGGCCCUCGCUGCUGGGUGUACGGUCGUUAUGAAGUCCGAUGGACUGACGCCUUUUGCUUCCAACGCUAUGGCUGUGGUCGCUGAGCGCGCUGGUGUCCCCAAGGGUGUCUUCAACGUUGUUACUGCGCUGAACAACACCCCCCAGCUUGGUCUAGCCAUGUGUGAAUCUGAUAUCAUCAAGAAGAUCUCGUUCACCGGAUCGACAAGAGUCGGUAAGCUGCUGAUGAAGCAGUCCAGCAGCACCCUGAAGAAACUGAGCUUGGAACUUGGAGGCAACGCUCCAUUCAUUGUGUUUAACGACGCCGACAUCGAAACGGCCAUCACCAGCGCCCUCAUCAGCAAGUUCAAGGUGACCGGCCAGACCUGCGUGUGUGCCAACCGAUUCUAUGUGCAGGAAGGCAUCUAUGACCGCUUCGCCCAGCGUCUCGUCGAGGAGGUCAGCAAGUUCAAGGUGGGCAACGGUCUGGAGGAUCCUUCCGUGACCCAUGGACCCUUGACCAAUGGCGUGGCGAAGGUGGAGGAACACAUCAAGGACGCCGUGAGCAAGGGCGCAAAGGUCCUUCUUGGUGGAAACCGACUGCCUGCCCUCGGCAAGAACUACCACGAGCUGACGAUCCUCGGCGACGCCAACGAUUCUAUGCUGGUGUCUAAGGAAGAGACCUUCGGCCCUGUGGCCGCAUUGAUGAAGUUCAAGACCGAGGAUGAGGUCGUCCAGAGAGCGAACAACUGCGAGGUCGGAUUGGCGUCCUAUCUCAUCACAAGCAACCUGGGCACGUCGCACCGGGUCUCGGAGAGACUUGAAUUUGGUAUGGUUGCUAUCAACACUGGUGUUAUUUCAGACGCUCCAGCACCAUUCGGCGGUGUCAAGCACUCCGGUAUGGGACGUGAAGGCAGCAAAUAUGGAGUUGACGACUACAUGACUAUUAAGAUGAUUACCACGGGAGGCAUCAACACUGUGUACACGCGGUUGUAG